ACAGCGAAGCAGACGUGAAGCUGGCGUUUGUCAAGCGUGACCAUGGCGACGGUUUUCCCUUCGAUGGGAAGGGCGGCAAGUAUGCGCAUGCGUUCUUCCCCGAGGCGGAUGCCGCCUACCAGGGCCGCAUACACUUCGACCUGGACGACGCGUGGAACAGCACCUCGUUCCCAGGCUCUGCUCUCUUCCACAUGCUUCUGCACGAAACCGGACACGCGCUGGGACUGAACCACUCGCGAGUCAGGGACAGCGUCAUGUAUCCGUACAUCCGUCGGCAGCACAACGCAGAAGUACUGCUGGAGGAAGACGUCGUUCGUAUACGUCGCAUGUACAGCAGCGAAUGCGAUGCGAUGACGACGACGACAACGACGACGACGACGACGGCAGCGCCAUCGUUCGGCGACUGGCGCUCGACGACGCCAGCGCAGCUCGUCUACCGUCCGGCUCAGCCAAUCAGAGCGCGUGCAGCUCCCGUCUUCUACCUGUGCUACGAGAGGCGUUGUGACAUAUUUGGCCGCUGCGGCUGGGUUCGCUAUUCGUGCUCGCUGUCUAGAAUGCCCCGUAACAUUAUCUACGGACGCUAGCGGAGUAGCGGACGUGAGCAAAACACAGAGCAGCGAAGAUUGUGAGCUUUUCACGUUAUUUUUUGUUGUGCGUGAUGUGGAUGCAGUGUGUGUGUGCGUGCACGAGCGCGCCCUGGUGGCGCGUUACGGCAUCGAGGGGGUUACAUUUAGAGGGUCCGGUUAUACAGAACGCAAUUAAGGUGAUUUAUAAAGCAAGAUAUAGAUAAAGAAAAAAUAGAAGCGUGUGAGAGAGAGAAAAAGAAAGAGAGAGGGAGAGAGAGAGACAG